AUGCCUUCUUCAUCCACUCUUCUCACUCUGGCUACGGCCAUUUCGGCCGUCAACGCCGCUUACCAGGGCUUCAACUACGGCUCGACCUUUACCAACGGUGCGCCCAAGGCCCAGACUGAUUUCGAGGCCGAGUUCAAGACCGCUGCUGGUCUCGAUGGCACUGAUGGCGCCUUCACCAGUGCCCGUCUGUACACCAUGAUCCAGGGCGGCACUCCCAACUCGCCAAUUUCUGCUAUUCCCGCUGCCAUCAACACAAAGACCAGCCUGCUCUUUGGUCUGUGGGCGUCUGGCGGUGAUGCUGCCUUUGCCAACGAGAUUGCUGCUCUCAAGGCCACCAUUAGCCAGUACUGCGGCAAGCUUGACGGCCUUGUUGCUGGUAUCUCCAUUGGUAGCGAGGAUCUGUACCGAAUCACUCCCACUGGUGUUGCCUCCAAUGCCGGCCCUGGAGCUCAGCCCGGAACUCUGGUCAACUACAUCAACCAGGUCCGCGACACCAUCAAGGGCUCUUGUUUGUCUGACGUCCCCAUCGGCCACGUCGAUACUUGGAACGCCUGGGUGCUGGACUCGAACAAGCCCGUCGUCGAUGCCGUUGACUGGCUCGGCAUGGACACAUACCCUUACUAUGAGAACACCAAUGCCAACAGCAUUUCCAACGCCAAGUCCCUGUAUGAGGCCGCUCUGCAAAAGAUCCAGAACGCCGGCCCCGGCAAGGAGGUCUGGGUCACUGAGACUGGCUGGCCCGUCAACGGCGUGAGCUCUGGUGCUGCCAUUGCCUCUACGGCCAACGCCCGUAGCUACUGGGAGCAAGUUGGCUGCCCCAACUUUGGCAAGACCAACGUCUGGUGGUACACCCUCCAGGAUGCCGCUCCCGACGCUCCCAACCCCAGCUUUGGCCUCAUCGGCAGCACGCUGACCGAGACGCCCCUGUUCGAUCUUUCUUCCUCUAGCAAGCCCGCUACUUCCUCUGCUGCUGCUUCGUCCACCAAGGUUACUACUCCCGCUACCACUCCCACCUCCGAGUCCAGCUCCAGCUCCAGCUCCAGCUCCACCCCUGUCUCUUCAACUACUAACUCAGAGCCUCAGUCUACCAGCUCCGACUCUCAGUCUACUAGCUCCUCCGACUCUCAGACCACCACCACCGACUCUGGCUCUCAGUCGACGACUACUGCUGCUCCCCCGCCGCAGUCUACUACCUCGGAAGAGCAGCAGACCACGACCUCGGAGGCUCAAACUACUGGUUCCUCGGGCUCUCAGACCUCUGCUUCUGAGCAGCAGCCCACUGGCGGUGCUUCAGUCACUUCCGCCCCUGCUACCACCCUUUCUACUUCUGUCCCCUUCCCCAGUUCUAACGUCACUGUGACCACUGGUACUGGAGGCUCUCCCACUGGUCCUGGAUCAAGCGCCACUGCUUCCUCGACUAAUGUUCCUGGAAGCAAUGGCAACAAGCUGAGCUCUUUCGGAGCUGCCGCUGCCGCUAUUGCUGUCGCCGCUUUUGCUCUGUAA